AAAAUAGCCACAAUAAGGUCUCUCUUAUUUCUGUGUCGUGGCUUGGCUUUGCUCUGAAUUUUGUAGUCUUAAAAUAAUUAAUUAAUAAAUAGCCAUGGCCUUUGAGGCGAUACCCAAGGAUUUGCGAGGACUGCGCGCCUGUCUCGUUUGCUCCCUGGUAAAAAGUUUUGAUCAAUUUGAGACUGAUGGCUGCGAAAACUGCGAGGAGUUCCUGCGGAUGAAGAACAACAAGGACAAUGUGUACGAUCAUACGAGCAACAAUUUUGACGGCAUCAUUGCGUUGACCACCCCCACCGACUCCUGGGUGGCCAAAUGGCAGCGAUUAGCCCGCUUCACCCGUGGCAUCUACGCCAUCUCCGUAUCCGGAACUCUGCCACAGUCCACUUUACGGGACAUGAAAAACCGUGGUAUUGUCUACAAAACCAGAGAUAGAAGCCAGCGAUAAGCCACCGGUUUGCCGUACAAAAUACAUGUGUAAAUCUUUAUUUUUAAGUUAUAACAAAACCACAAAUACAUACAAUAGCAAUACAAAA